CUCAGCGUGCUCGUUCAUGCAUGCAGUGUGGUAAGUUGUUACCUUCCGGACCUCUCCUCCUCCCACGUCGAGUGUUAAGGGAAAACGAAAACGUAGACAAACAAUGCUUAAGGCCGUAAAGAAAACGACUGAGGUAAACAAAUCGAAAUUAAAAGUUACGGCCAGUACUGCCAACGAGAAUACCAACAACAACAGCAACAACAGCAACAGCAGCAGCAACAAGAACAGUAACAACGAUAGCCAAGGCGCCUCUGAGUUGGCCAUCAAGAACGGCUCCAUCGUUGGCCAAAAGCCAGAAGGGAGCUCAAAUGACAGUCCCCCAUUGAAGAAACUCAGCUUGAAGGGCAACCAAUUAUGCGGCAGCAUUUUGAUUGGCAAUUAUAAUUACUUGACCCAAUUGGAGGUGUGCGAAAAUGAAAUGGAGGUAUUGGAUCUGAGUACAUUGGCCCAACUGGAAACAUUGAAAUGCAGUCGCAACAAGUUAAUUGAGCUCAUCAUAAAUGGCACCAAUCUGCAGACCCUUGUAGCGGAUCACAACUGUCUGCAGAGCAUUUCGAUAUCGAAAACUGUGCCUUUGAAGUUGCUGCACAUAGACAUCUCGGACAAUUACUUCAGCACGUUGCCGCAAUGGAUUGGUGGCUGUGUGGCAUUAAGCACACUCGCUGCCCCGCAUAAUCAUCUGAGUCACAUCAAGGAGCUGUUGAGGAAUUAUCGCAUCAGCUGCCUGCGCUCCCUCAAUCUAUCGUACAAUGCGCUGCAGCAGCUCGACUAUUUGCCGGAGGCCUUCUGCAGCGUGACGCAGUUGCAGCUGCAGAGCAACGAGCUGCAACGGUUGCCCGAGAACUUUUUCACUGUGACUAACUCGCAGUUGAGCGCGUUGAAUGCCUCAUGCAAUCGGUUGUCGCAGCUGCCGCGCUACGAGCAGAACAACAAUGCGGCACUCGAGGAGCUCUGCUUGACGGGCAAUCAGCUGAACGAUAACAUAUUCGAGCCACUGUUGCAUGCGGGCAGGCUGAAAGUGUUGCGCCUCGCCCACAAUCGCAUCGGUGUGCUGCCCGCUGAGUGUGUGCGCAACUGGCCCGAACUGGAGGUGCUGGUGCUAUCGGGUAACAUGCUGCAGCAGCUGCCGGAUCAGGUGGCCAGCUUGAGUCAACUGAAGGUGCUGCGCUGCUGCAAUAAUCUGCUGUUGAGCACACCGCAGCUGGCCAAGCUGAACAAGUUGAAGAUACUGGAUUUGGCACACAAUCAUCUGGAUCGCAUUAAUCUCUUGUCGCUGGUACCAUCGCGCAAUCUCAAGUACUUGGACCUGUCCGGCAAUCAGCAGCUGCAGGUGGAUGAGCAGCAACUGAAGGUCUGCCAGACGCAGAGUCAGCGCGUCUGGAGCCUAGUCGAUGUCUCCGGCAACAAUCGCGCCGCGUUGCCAACCAGCACAAGGCGUCCACCCGUGGAGUUUAACAAAUCACCGUACAAGACCAAAGCGAUACCUUGGUCCUUGGGCUUUGCCGAGUCGCCAGGCAAUUUGCGCAAGCUGCUGGUGAGCCAGUUGCGUGCGGGGCACUAUAACAAUACGGAUGAAGCGCUAUUUGGUAUGUUCGAGUCGGAGAGCGAUGUGCGUCUGGCACAGCGGAUGACCCAGCUGGUGCCCAGUCUCUUGAAGCAAGAGCAAACGCUGAAGGAGUCGCCCCUCAACGACUAUCUGAAGUACACCCUGCUGUCGGCGCAGCGACAGUGCGGCGGUUGCCUCAGCAGCGCCACACUCUUCCACCUGCUCCGCCAGCCGGCAAAGGUGCGUGCCCUCAAAUCGAAGCGUUAUGUCCUCCGUCUGGUGCACAUCGGCUACUUCGAUGCGUAUCUGGUGCGACGCACAACCCACCUGCGACUGACAGAGUCCGAAUCCCACUGUGACAGCCAUAAGCGGGCUCAAACUCAAACCCUGCCCGAUCCACAACUGCUGGAGAUAACGCUGAGCAACGACGAUGAGUAUCUGGUGCUGGGCAAUGAUCAGCUGUGGUCCGUCAUGGACAUUGGACGUGCGGCUCGAGAGAUACGCAAGGAGGAGAAUGCGCUGCUGGCGGCCAAGCGGCUGCUGGAGAUUGCACAGAGCUUUGGUGCCACAGCGAAUCUGAGUGUGAUUGUGAUACGCUUCAGUCACCUGAGCACCGAUGUGGAUCAUCUGAUACGGGAGCUCAAGCAGAGUGUGAGAAAGAAACCAGCGCUCAUCUCCCCUCAACCGCCCCAUUUAUCAGUGAGCAAACGCACCUGUUGCGAUAGGAGCAAUGCCUGCCGGCAUCGCAACUUGGAACAGGAGCUGCUUGUGGGCCGCAGUUCGCCCAGUGGACAAAGCAAUCCGGAGUUACUGAAAAAAGAAUUCGUUGAGAGUGAAGUGAGUACUGUGGCCAAGGAUGAGUUCAUUUUGGCACAUGCUCGCGUGCUGCAGGAGGAGCAACAGCUGGAAAUGCUGGACGAGACGGAGUCGGUGCUGUCUGAGGAGCAAUUCAAAUGCUGGGAAUACAUGCUGGAGCAGAACACCCAGCUCCUCUUCGACAAGGAGCUGAACACCAUAUCCAAAUCGUUUUCCAAGCAGCGGCUGCCUGCAGCCAAUCUCACAGCUGCCGAUUGCAACGAUCUGAAGUCGAGUCUCAUUAGAAAUGUGACCAACAAGUUCAUCUCGAGCAGCACGCCUCAGUUGCCGCAGCCUUUGGGCGCCUACCAGCAGAUGAAGCAGCUACCCACCGAACACUUUGGCAGCAUGCGAUCCUUCCAACAGUCGCCCAGCUAUGGCUACAAUCUCUUUGAUGCGAAAGCCCGCGAUGCCUAUGCCAAAUUGGGUGGUGGACCCCAUGCGGCCUACUUUGGAUCGCUGCAGCGUCGCAUGCCCUGCAAUUUGGAAUAUGAUUUUACUGUUACCCAGGAGAGAGAUCACAAUAUUCUGGAUGAGGAGGAACUCGAUGAGGAUGGAUACAACGAGCAUGAGAGUCGUAUGCGCAAAUAUUGGGGCGUGGCAACCACAGAGCUAUAG